AUGCCAAUGAAACGCAAAAGUGAGAGUUCAGCCAGAAAUGGAGUGUUUCUUAUUCACUCUCUGACGAAGACUUUGUGCAGCUCACCUGAGGAAAAGCGCACAGACUUUAACGGACAGACACAUUUUCAUCAGCAGGAAGAUUCCGGGAUUAAAUCAGAAGCAGAGGACAGUAAUGAGACGCCGUCCUCUGAGGAAGACCAGGACCUGGUGGACCUGAACUCGGACUUGACCAUCAAACAGAGCAUCUUGUCCUCCAGGAAGACCAUCAGUCAGAUCAUCAAGGACAAAAAGAAACAGACACAACUCACUCUGCAGUGGCUGGAGGAGAAUUAUAUUGUGUGUGAAGGAGUGUGUCUGCCUCGAUGCAUCCUCUAUGCUCACUACCUGGACUUCUGCAGGAAGGAGAAACUAGAGCCGGCCUGUGCUGCUACAUUUGGAAAGACAAUUCGACAGAAGUUUCCUCUUUUAACAACAAGAAGACUGGGCACCAGAGGACACUCCAAAUAUCAUUACUAUGGAAUUGGCAUCAAAGAGAGCAGCGCUUACUAUCACUCGGUGUAUUCUGGAAAAGGUUUGACAAGAUUUUCAGGGAGCAAGCUGAAGAAUGAGGGAGGUUUCACCAGGAAAUAUUCUUUGAGCUCUAAAACUGGGACAUUGCUCCCAGACUUCCCCAACGCUCAGCAUCUUCUGCUGCAGGGAAACAUCUCCAGAGAAAAGGUCGACACGCUGAUCAUGAUGUAUAAAACACACUGCCAGUGCAUCCUGGACAACGCCAUUAACGUCAGCUUUGAGGAGAUCCAGAAUUUUCUGCUCCAUUUCUGGCAGGGAAUGCCCGACCACCUGCUGCCACUGCUGGAGAACCCCGUUAUAGUCGACAUCUUCUGCGUCUGUGACUCCAUCCUCUAUAAGGUUUUAACAGAUGUUCUGAUUCCUGCCACAAUGCAGGAAAUGCCUGAAAGUCUUUUGGCAGAUAUCCGCAACUUUGCCAAACACUGGGAGCACUGGCUAGCCUCCUCCCUGGAGAACCUCCCAGAAUGCCUUGCAGCCAAGAAGCUCCCCAUAGCGCGCCACUUUGUUUCCUCCCUGAAGAGACAGACGUCGUUCUUACACCUGGCACAGAUAGCCCGUCCGGCGCUGUUCGACCAGGCAGUCGUGAGCAGCAUGGUGUUGGAUAUCGAUGAUGUGGAUCUCAGCAGCAUCAGCUCGCAGCCUCUGCUCAGCAUCAGCUCUACCGGAGACCAGGACACGGACAUCUACUCUGAGUAUGACUCCAUCACUGUCUUUCAGGAGCUAAAGGAGCUGCUGAGAAAGAACGCCACAGUAGAGUCCUUCAUCGAGUGGCUGGACUCUGUCGUGGAGCAUAAAGUCAUCAAGCCCGGUAAGCAGAGCGGUCGGUCAGUGAAGAAGCGAGCUCAGGAUUUCCUCCUCAGAUGGAGUUUCUUCGGUGCCAGAGUGAUGCACAACCUCACGCUCAACAACGCCUCCAGCUUUGGUUCCUUCCAUCUGAUCAGGAUGCUGUUGGACGAAUACAUCCUGUUGGCCCUGGAGACUCAGUUCAACAACGACAAGGAGCAGGACCUGCAGAACCUGCUGGACAAAUACAUGAAGAAUGCAGAUGCGAGUAAAGCGGCGUUCAUGGCCUCUCCUAGUUCCUGCUUCCUCGCCAAUCGCAACAAAGCCACCGCUCCCAUCGACCAAUCAGUGAAGAAUGAGUCUCUGGGAGAACACGCCUACAUGUCUCUGUCCAACAAUCAGCAGCAAAGUCUGGAAACAAGCGCCGUCAUCUACCAGGGGACGGAGUCUGCUGGAUUUACAGUGUCAGGUGGUCAGAUGCACUACUCUCAGGUCAGCGGGCCCCUCAUGACGCCUCCUAUCUCUCCAGCAGCGUUAGUGCACAGAGGCUCCGUCAUCAACCAAGGGCCCAUGACGGGGAGACCCCUGACUACCUCUUCUUCCUCCACCUGCUCCUCCUCCUCUUCCUCCUGCCUGUCUUCUCUCAGCAACAUGACGCAACCCGGUCCCUGCUCUUCAUACCCGGAGACCAUGUACCACUGCUUACCUCAGACCAGCUCCAGUUACUUCCCCCAAACUGGCAACUCCUCGGGCUCAAACUACCAGCCUGCCCUGAGGCCUCAGAAUCAGAGUCAGUGUCUGGCUUCGGUUCAGUCUCAGGCUUCAUCCCUGGCCUACCAUCUCUCUCGGUACCCCUCCUUCAACGACCAACACCUGACCAAAGACGUCCUCUACGGCCUUCAUCACCCGUCUAACAGCACUAACUGCUCCCUGACGCCUUACGGCUCCGGGGUCCGACCCGCAUCCAACUACGCUUCGGGGUCAAAUCCAGUUCAGACUGAACAGGGACUGGAUGCUCAGACAGCAGCUCAGAUUCUGGACUCAGGGGAGGAGUUCGGCUUUGUGGGGUCUGGACUUAACUCUGCAGGCGGUGGGUGUCAGGGACAGACGUACUCGGCUGCAGGACACAGCGGUUACUACGGCAACGGCACUUACCUGGACAGCCAGCGCAUGACAUCACUGGUCGACCAGCACGUGUCCGUCAUCAGCACCAUCAGCAGCCUGCGCCCGUUCCCGUCAACGUACUCUGAAGUCCACGACCCGCUCAACAUCCUGGACGAACCGGGAAGGAAAACAACGGGAGCAUAUUUUACUGAGGCCGACACCGGAGCAGAUCAUUCUCACCCCUCGUCAGGAUCCGCUCCCUGCAUGUUCGGAGUUGCCGCUCCGUUCUCCUCCCAGGAUGCAUUGCUCGCUCAACAGCGCGUGCCAUCAUCAUCAGAGGUGCAGGACCUGGUGUCUUCGCUUCCUCCCAUCAAUACUGUCUUCAUGGGAGCAGGAGGAGUACAAUGA